ACAAGUUGCUGUUUGUACAAAAUCUGCUGCAUUAAGCUCUCAGUCUACAAUUGUUGUAUCUACUCAUUCCACUGGUAUACCUGAAGCUACAGUGUAUGCUGGACAAGUGUUUUAUCAAAGAGAAGAGAGAAGAGAUUUAAUGAGAUUCACUGCUGCUAGAGAUUUGAAUGCAUUACUUCAGUAUAUUGAAAAGAAGUAUUCUUAUCCAGAAAUGGAUCAAAGUAUUAGUUUUAAACUCACAUCACCAAAACGAUGCAUUAAAUUAAAAUUUGAUGAGCAGCAAACUGAACCAACAACAGGAUGGAGAAUUAAACCACAUUUGGAUCCAUGUCAGAUAAAGGAACAUGAAAUUCUUUGUUUCGGUGACAAUAGUACAGCAGUCCCUCCAUUUUGUUUAGUGUCAAUAUAUGCUGAGAAUAGUCCCCAUACUGUACCUAACUUGAGUUAUUCUGUACCAUUGAAAGGAGUACAGGAACAAAUGAAGAUUAUUAUCAACAGACCACUGAGAAAUAUGUCAUUAUCAGAUUCUGUUAAUAUCAACAGACCACCUCCUUCAGCUCCUUCACUUCCUACUCCAAACAGUACAAUUAGAUCUGAUAUUGCUCAUAGUAUAAUGACAGAAUGUACUUCAUUAAUAAAGGACUGUGGAAUUGAUAUCAACUUCUUAGUUGACAAGUUGCUAGAACACAAAAUUGUAAAUUCAAGAGAAAAAAGGAAAUUAACUGCUAGAGAAACUAACGAUGACAAAAUGGAUGAGUUGCUUCACAUAAUUUUGAGUUCUAUUCGUAUGAAUGCAAAAGUGUUUGGUAUAUUCAUAGAUAUACUGAGAGAGGAAGACACUUUGAGAACUAUUGCACUAGCUGAUACACUAAUGGACAAAUAUAAGGAAUGAAACCAAAUAAUAGUAUUUUAUGUGCCUUUUAUUCUACCGUAUUGGGGAAAAUUUUCAUGGCCCAAAAA